AUCAAAAGUAUAAAUUGAAAUAUUCGUAGAAUAAUAAACAAGAUUUAUAUUAGUAGAAAAUUGCACUUGUUCUUUUCGUAAACAAACUUCAAAACCCAAACUCGAAAACGUCAUUUCGCAAUAAGUACGCAACAUAUGCAUAUGCAAUCAAGAUGAGCGGCAACAAAGCGGGCGUGGUGCUAAAUUGCCGCACAUGCACCCGGGCAUGUAAACAAUACAAAUCGCUGCAGGAUGAGAUCGAGAUUGGGCCAGAGGGCAGCACUACGCUGGCAAAGAUGCUCAACUAUUGCUCCAGCUUGUCGUUUGAGCCGCAGGAUGGCGCCGCAGCACAUUUGCCACAGCACAUUUGCAUGCAUUGUUUGCAAUUGUUGGAGCAAGCGUUCGAUUUCAAGCGCAUGGUCAUCGAUUCCGACGAACUUUUGCGUUUUGGCCUCGAGGAGAUGGACAACAACAAUGCCAAUAGCAGCUACAACAAUAAUAAAAGCAACAGUGCUGCCGCUGCCGCUGCCUCCGCCAAUCAAGAGUAUGUUGUGAACGAGCUGCUGGGCGGCAACGGCGCCAAUGAGGCUGAAGCAGUGGCCUCAGCCAAAGGCAGCAACUCGGGUCCACAUCAUGUGACCGCUCUUGUGGAGGCAUACAGCCAACAGCCGGAGCCGGGACAGAAAUACUUGGUCGAGGAGGUCACCGAGAUGGAGGUGGAUGAGUUGGACUCAGAAACUGAUGAUGCCAGCGAAUCUUUGGGAGACUUUCAACCUACUGACAUUGAGUAUGUGACCAUUAAAAGUGUAUACGAUUCCCAGGUGGAGGAGGAAGAGAUUGAUGCCGAGGCCGAGGCCGAACCCGAGGAGGACGAAGAGGAACUACUGGAGGCCGAGGAGGACGAUGACAUUGAGGUAAUGGAUGAGGCGCCACAACUAGAAAUGGUCAGCGAGCAAAAGCAGCUGCAGAUGCUCGACGAUCAGAUGGUCAUCACAUCGAAGAGCAAAUCGAUGAAGUAAUUGGCGAAGUUGAUGCCGAUGACAUCCUGGACAUUGAGCGCGAGGAGCACUUGUUGACUUGCGAUAGCGAGGAGGCUGAAGAAUACCUUGACGAUUCCAUGGAUGAAACGUCCGGCAAUGUCGUUGUCUCCGCCUCCCAGCAGCAGCAGGCAACAACUGGCAACGCUGGCGGUGAAGUACUGCCCC